AUGCCGGACCAACUCUCGGUGCUCUUUGUCUGUCUCGGCAACAUCUGUCGGUCAACCAUGGCGGAGGGCGUGUUCCAAUCACUCGCAAAGCAGCAACCGUAUGAGGAUCUCGUUGGCAAGAUCGAUUCGUGUGGAACAGGCGCGUACCAUGUCGGCGAAGAUCCGGACGACCGAACCAUGUCCACCCUCAAAGACCACGGUAUCACCAACUAUAUCCAUCAUGCGCGAAAGGUUCACGAUUCCGAUUUUGACAAGUUCGACUACAUCUUUGCCAUGGACCGGGGCAACCUCGAAGACCUACAGCGGAUCCAACGUCGCAAACCGAAUGCCAAGGCUAAAGUGAUGCUCUUCGGAGAAUACUCAGGCACCGGUAAGGCGGAAGUCAUCAGUGACCCGUACUAUGGCGGCCGACAGGGAUUCCAGAAGGCGUAUGAGCAGGCGACGCGGUUUUCGAUCAACUUCCUAAAGGACGUCUUCCCUGACACCAACGAGGGCGUUGCCAUCAAGAAAGUUACCAAUGUUUUCAGCAAAAAGAUCUUGGCCAAGCGCGCCUUGCGCGAGAUCAAGUUGUUGCAGCACUUCCGGGGCCACCGUAACAUCACCUGUCUGUAUGACAUGGACAUCCCGCGGCCCGACAACUUCAACGAGACAUAUCUCUAUGAGGAACUCAUGGAGUGCGACCUGGCGGCCAUCAUCCGGUCCGGCCAGCCGCUGACGGACGCCCACUUCCAGUCCUUCAUCUAUCAGAUCCUGUGCGGGCUCAAGUACAUCCACUCGGCCAACGUGCUGCACCGCGAUCUCAAGCCGGGCAACCUGCUCGUCAACGCGGACUGCGAACUCAAGAUCUGCGACUUUGGUCUCGCCCGUGGGUUCUCGAUCGACCCGGAGGAGAACGCUGGGUACAUGACCGAAUAUGUCGCGACAAGAUGGUACCGCGCUCCUGAGAUUAUGUUGAGCUUCCAGAACUACACCAAAGCGAUCGACGUCUGGUCCGUAGGCUGCAUCCUAGCCGAGCUCCUCGGCGGCCGUCCCUUCUUCAAAGGCCGUGACUACGUCGACCAGCUCAACCAGAUCCUUCACAUCCUCGGCACGCCGAACGAGGAAACCCUCUCCCGCAUCGGCUCGCCCCGCGCGCAGGAAUACGUGCGCAACCUCCCCUUCAUGGCUAAAAAGGUCUUCCCCGCCCUCUUCCCCAACGCCAACCCGGACGCGCUCGACCUGCUCGACCGCAUGCUCGCCUUCGACCCGACCCGCCGCAUUUCAGUCGAGGAGGCCCUCGAGCACCCGUACCUCUCCAUCUGGCACGACGCCAGCGACGAGCCGGACUGCCCGGUCACGUUUAACUUUGACUUUGAGGUUGUUGAUGACGUGGGUGAGAUGCGCAAAAUGAUUCUGGACGAGGUGUUCCGGUUCCGUGAGCUUGUGCGUACCGUGCCUGGGACGGCUGGUCAGGGGGCUGGGCAGCAGGGUGGUGUGCCGGUGCCGUUGCCGGGGAAUGUGGAUGGGCACCAGUGGAAGGUGGACGAGCCCAGGCCGGAGGAGUAUGGUAGUGUGCAUGGGCUGGAGGCGGAGCUCGGCGGUCGGUGA